AAUAACAGACGUAGUUCAGUAUCUCCUUGUUUUAGUCUUCAUAGGUGCAGGCAUAACAAAAGGCGGGAAGGGAUCCGUAGAGACUUCACAUAAAGUUAUAUAGAGUGCUGUUUAAAUUGUUUAGUUAAUUAAUGUAUUAUAUAUUACGUGUGAUUGAUCCACGUUGGAUGACACGAUGACCGACGAAUAUCCAGAUCCGGACGAGUCAUUCGAUCUUAUCCAUGAGGCGGACUAUGAAGCUUUGAGAGAAUUGGAAGGUGAAUUUCUUGCAACAUCACAACCUGGUCCAAAUCGUAACGGAGUAUCUUGGACGGCUAAUGGAAAUAAACAUCAAGCAGAUGAAAUUUCUGUACCUGUCAAUUCGAAUAAAGUAAACAAUGUAGCUAGCAGUAAGAAAUGCAGUUACGAAGAAUUAUCUGGUGAUGCUGUACCUAGCAGUAGUAAGAAACGCGGUUACGAAGAAUUAUUUGGUGAUAGCAUACCUAGUACUAGUAAGAAACGCAAUUACAAAGAAUCGUUUGGUGAUGGUAUACCUAGUACUAGCAAGAAACGCAGUUACGAAGAAUUGUUUGGCGACAUUUCUGAUUUCUUAGACACAGAUGUUGCAGUUGAUGUUAAUAUCGCGGAAGAACCGAGAGAGAAGAAGCUUCGAUGGGAUCAACCUGAAGAUGUCAUUAAAAAGAUAUUGGAUACAAGACAAUUGCUGCAUGAACAAAAUGGAGAUACGUUUGUGAAGAUAAAUUACAAAAGCAAGACAAAUUCCAUUUCUUUACGAGUUCCACCAUGGAAUUUUGUGGCAGUCACAAGAUCAUAUGAUUCUCAACGCUUGUACGUCAGAGUCAGAAACGUACAGAAUAAUGUCAAGCAGCCCACAAGAUUAAUUGCCAAUCUUUUAUCAAUACCUUAUCAACAGUUGAAAUCUCAGGCUAAAGAAAUUAUAGCAAGAAAACAGGAGUUAUCAAGACAGCCAUCGUCUGAUCUGCAUGAUACAAAGAAUGUGAUUAACAAUGAAUUGUGGGUCGAUAAAUAUCGACCUCGAUCGUAUCUAGAGUUACUGUCAGACGAAACCGUUAAUAGGCAGUUUUUACAUUGGUUAAAACUUUGGGAUAAAAUAGUAUUUAAUCGAAAUAUUACAAAGCCAAAGAGAAAGCAGCCGUCUAUGUUCAAAAAGAAAAAUGUUGAGAAUGAAGAAGAUAUUGAGGAAGUGGAUAGUAAAGGAUAUCCGAUAAAGAGGAUAGCUUUGCUCAGCGGGCCGCCUGGAUUGGGAAAAACAACUCUAGCCCACAUAGCAGCCAGACAUGCUGGCUAUAAUGUCGUAGAAAUUAAUGCUAGUGACGAAAGGACUCCUGAGGCAUUUAGACAGAUUCUUCUUGCAUCAACGGAAAUGAAAGCUGUGAUGGGUGCUGAUCCCCGACCGAAUUGUUUAAUUUUUGACGAAAUCGAUGGUGCACCGGCUGCAUCCAUUGAGCUUCUAUUAAAAUUUAUUCAAGGCAAACUAGUGUCGAAAAGUAAAAAGGGAAAAGGACAGUCAGAAAAAACGAAUGGUUGUACACGUCCUAUAGUAUGCAUUUGUAAUGAACUAUAUACUCCAUCAUUAAGAGCAUUAAGAGCCACCGCCGUAAUAAUUCAGGUACCAGAAGUAAGUCCUUUAAGAUUAGCGGAACGUCUAACGAAUCUGGCGAGAAAGGAACAGUUAAAUGUAGACUUUGGAGAUCUUGUAAAGAUAGCAGAAAGAUCUGGCUGUGACGUUCGAGCUUGUAUAGGGACGUUACAAUAUAUGGGUAGUGCUAAUUUGAAAGAUAAUUUAUCUCUAGGUCUGAAAGAUACUCGUCAGAAUUUGUUUGAUUCGUGGAAAAGUAUACUAACGAUUCCUGUGAGGAAAGGAGGAGUUCUUACUAUUCCUGAAAGAAGUCAAAAUAUUUUGAGAACUGUGCAAAAUGGUGAAAAGGAAAAAUUGGCACAAGGAAUAUUUCAUAAUUAUCCUGAAGUCUGUGACCGGAAACUCGAUAAUGUACCUAUAUCUCUGGAGUGGUUUCAGUUUUAUGACUUAAUAACGUCGCUUGUUACACACAAACAGAUUUGGUCACUGAUGCCCUAUACAAAUUAUGGAUUUAUCGCAUGGCACUUGCAUUUUGCGCGAACGCAAAAAAUAAAAUUGUCAUAUCCCACUGUUAUGAACGAAGUAAAUCAAAAAUUAGCAAGGAACACAGGUAUUUUAACAGCGAUACGAAGAGUAUGCGGACGUGACGUUUUUGCUCUAACUAUAGAUGUUGCUGGGUUCUUGCCGGAUAUUCUAGUGUCCAAAUUACGCGUAGUUCCUUCCCAUUUGUAUUCACCAAAAGAGAAGGCUGAUCUUGUCAGAAUAGUAAACUUGAUGCUUGAAUUUGGUUUGUCGUUCGUGCAAGAGAAAAGUCUUCAAGGAGGAUACAUCUAUAAUUUAGAUCCUAAUAUUUUGGAAAUUGGCAUUCUACCCAAUUGCAAUGCACAUCGAAGUCUGGCAUAUGCUGUACAGCAAAUAAUUGCACAAGAGUUGGAGGUCGAGCGUUUGAAACGUGCAAGUAUCUUAACGGGACUUGGUGAAGUUGGCUUGGAAAACGUGGUAAAUCCAGGAAAGCCAGAAAUUGUAGAAAAUGCUCCGAAUAGAUCUUCUAAUACUUCGAACACUACGAAACAAUCUGGAAAAAAUGUGACAUCGUUAAAGGAAAUAGUGUACAAAGACUUUUUCGGAAAUAUUACGAAGGAACAUGGAAGUGCUCAGAAACAGGAUAAAAUGGUGGAUCGUAUAUCUCCGAAAUCACAGAAAAGAUAUUUUCUGAUGCAGAACAUCUUAACGAAACAUGGAAUUUGGUACAAAUAUAAAGAAGGUUGCAAUAACGCCGUUCGCCGAAGUAUAUUGAUGGAGAAAUUUUUAUAAACAGAUCAAUUAUAAAUUAUAGUGUAUGACUAUAUUCUUGUAUCUUUAUUGCAAAAAAUGUAUAGUAUUCUGCAUUC